AUGGAGGGAUUUAAAAUUGAAUUGUGGAAAUCAAAGACUAACCAUGAACUUAUUUAUGCAGAGGAUUCAUUGGGGUCUAUUCCAGGACUCUCUGCAACCACAGCUGAGACAGCAUUACUCCAAAAUCACCACGUCCACAAUAUUGUAAUAACCAAACUAUUGAAGCACUUUGACUGGACUUGGGUUGGGAUUUCAGUAUCAGAUGAUGAUGCCGGAGAGAAUGAACUACAGAUACAAACAAAGUACAUGAGAGAGCACGGGAUCUGUGUCGCCUACACCAUAACAUUAUCUGAGAAAAAGGUCCUCAAUAAUGAACAGAUUUUACAAACCUUAAAGAAUCCAAAGGUCAGUGUCAUUAUAAUGUGUGGGACCUACUCAGAGAAUGGAGUACAAUUAGUAAUUUCUGAUGAAUUUUUACUUUUAAACAAAACUCUCAUCCUCCCUCCAUCCUGGGCCUUCACUCAGGUCACUGCAGAAUGCCAGUAUACAGAAUUUAAUCUAAGUCUAGCAGUGGACUUUUCAUCGCAACAUUCUCUUGAAUUGGAAAAUUUUGUGAAAAACUACAGAAAACUCCCCAAUAUCUACAAUGAUGAGACAUUCUGGACAGAAAUAGAUUUGAUUGCCAUAAAUGGCGAUAAAGAUGCUUUAAUUUCAUGCAAUGGUCUUGAUGAAAUGGACAAUGUUACUUAUAAGUUUACUUUGCCAAGCCUGAGGAAAUACCUCUCCUCGGGGGUGUCUCCAAGUUCUUAUGUUGUCAUCCAGAUCCUAGUAUCCCGCUGCUCAGACCCUUGUUUACCUGGAAGCCGGAAAAAGGCGAGAAAAUCAAUCCAUACCUGCUGCUAUGACUGCGUCCCAUGUUCAGAAGGAGAGAUCUCUAAUAUAACUGACUCUGAGAACUGCAUGAAAUGCCCAAGUGAUGAAUGGCCAAAUGAGAAGAGAGACCAAUGCCUGCCCAAAGUAAUGGAUUUCAUCUCUUACCAGAAUGACACAAUGGCUUCUGUAUUCUCCUGUGUCUCCAUCUUCGGAUGUCUUUUGACUGGCUCCAUAUUUAGGAUAUUUAUUUCUUACCGGGACACUCCUAUUGUUAAAGCUAAUAACCGGAACCUGAGUUAUCUCCUCCUGGUCUCCAUCCUCCUCAGCUUCCUCUCUGUCUUUUUUUUUCUUGGUCGUCCCAGUGAUAUCUCUUGUAGAUUACGUGAAACCAGUUUUGGAAUCUUCUUCUCAGUCGCCGUCUCUUCGCUUCUUGCCAAGACCAUUAUGGUUUGUGUUGCUUUUAAGUCCACCAAGCCUGGAAGCCCCUGGAGAAAAUGGCUGAGUGUGAAGCUGCCCUAUACUAUAGUGUUGUUGUGUUCAUCCUUCCAAGUUGUACUCUGUGUUAUCUGGUUGUCUAUCUCUCCCCCAUUCCAGGACCUGGACACUCAGUCUUAUCCUGGGAAGAUCAUCAUUCAGUGUAAUACAGGUUCAAAUAUCUGGUUCUACUCUGUUUUGGGUUAUCUGGGGUUCCUGGCAGCGGUGAGCUUUGUUCUGGCUUUCAUGGUGAGGACAUUACCGGACACUUUCAAUGAGGCCAAGUACAUCACCUUCAGCAUGCUGUUGUUGUGCAGUGUCUGGAUCGCCAUGAUCCCGGCUUAUCUGAGCACCACAGGGAAAUCCAUGGUGGCUAUGGAGAUCUUUGCAGUGAUUGCGUCCAGUGCUGGACUUUUAGUGUGUGUGUUUUUCCCAAAAUGUUUUAUCAUUUUGUUUAAACCUGAAAUGAAUAGAAAAAUGGAUAUGCUGGGGAAAAGGAAGGAAUGA